CCAGCCCACACGCCCAGCGGCUGCGCGGGGGUGCAGAGUCCGAGCCGGCCGCGCUUCUCCUCCCCCUCCUCCAGCUGGCCGCAAGUGCCAGGUGUGGCGCUCCCGAGGUGCGCGGGCAUCGACGGAACAGGUGACAGUGGUGUGCUCCGUAAGCCUUUUCUCCAACAAUGACCCAGUGCCCAGUUAAGGAAACAUAAUGGGCCCCUGACAUUUAUGGGAUCACAGACCAAGAAAGUCCUGCUAACCCCCCUCAUGCACUCAGCUCGCCCUUUCCGGGUCUCCAACCAUGACAGAAGCAGCCGGCGAGGGAUGAUGGCCAACAGUCUGAAGGAGCUUCUUAGCAAGACCCUGGAUGCCUUAGUUAUCACCAGCGGACUGGUCACUUUGGUGCUGGAGGAAGACGGAACCGUGGUGGAUACGGAAGAGUUCUUUCAGACCUUAGGAGACAACACACAUUUCAUGAUCUUGGAGAAAGGGCAGAGGUGGACACCGGGUGGUAACCACGUCCCAGCCCGCCAGCAGCCAAAGAAAUCGGGAAUAGCAAGAGUCACCUUCGACUUGUACAAGCUGAAUCCCAAGGAUGUCAUUGGCUGCCUCAACGUGAAGGCCACCAUGUAUGAGAUGUAUUCGGUGUCCUACGACAUCCGGUGCACGGGAGUCAAAGCCCUGCUGAGGAGCCUGCUGCGGGUCCUGUCCCACGCCGCCCAGGUGACCGGACAGUUGCUCAUCUACAUCGGCACGUACAUGCUCCAAGUGCUGGGUGACAUGGACGAGCAGAGCCCUCCCCGGUCACACUCCAGACGCGGGUUCACAAGUGGCUAAGGAUGCACGCUGCAGGGGACCCAGCCGGCUCUUGACCCAAGUAUUCGCUCUCAGAUGAUGAAUUUUGAAGAUGCUUCUGUUCUAAACCACGGGCACUUGCACAAGGCCGGUCACUUGUACUGCGGGGUGGCACGCAGGGGAAGGUGGAGGGGUGGAGGCACACGAAAUGGGGGCUGCAGGAGGGGACGCCCUGAGGGGAGGAGAUUCGUAGGGGCCUGGGGGACAGGAAGGACCAAAGGGCAGGCUAGUGUGGUGGCCCCGGAGCCGCACAAACCUGUGUUAGGCCUCUCAGCUCCUCACCUCCUGCAAUAAACCGAUUGAUCGCAAGAGCUACUUUUAA